GUUACGUAGUUUGUGAACGACUAGAGUUAAGUCUUUUGUUGACGUUCCCUCCGAACGUCAUUCAUUGAAGCGCGCGUUCUCGCUCUUUCUCGACGAUUCAUUCAUUCCGUUUCCGAGUGCGCAGCAAUAAAGACGUUGUUGAAUAAACGCUGUUUUGUGAAGUUAAGCAGAAGUAUUUUAUUUGACACAGAAAUAAAACAUGGUGUCAGAAGCACUCGUGGUGUUCCGGCGUCAUUGAAAAUCGCGGAAGUGUAGUGAGAAAAACUCAUCCCAAGCGACGAAAAGAUCAUUUGCAACAGUAAUUUUGGACAGUUUUGCAGUGAAACGUGUUUUAUCCUGUUGGCAGCCAUAUUUUUUUCGCUCUCGCGUUGGGUUGAGUGUUUUCCGGAAGUGAAAAGUGCAGAAAAAUGGAUGCAGAUCAGUUCGCCCAGUUUAUGGGCAAGUUCCAAGAGAUGAUCGGUUCUCUGAAGGAUCAGCAGGCGAGCGCGCCGGCAGCAGCAGCGGCACGUGGGCCUGCGGCGAAUUCGCCGGCCGGAAAUUCGGCGGCGGCGUCCAUUCCUCUUCCGCCCCCGCUGGAGUUGGAGGGCGAUAUGGAGGAGAAUUACAACUUCUUCGAAGGAAACUGGAAGACCUAUGCUAGUGCGAUUGGCAUGGACGGUUGGCCCGAUGCGCAGAACAAGCAAAAAGCCAGCAUUUUGCUUUCGGUGGUGGGAAAAGACGCUCUGAAAAAAUAUUUCAACUUUGAGCUGACCGCGGCCGAGCGAGACGAUCCAGCAUUAGUGUUGACGGCAAUCAAAGCAAAAGUGGUUCGUGAACGGAACAAGUUUGUGGACUGGUUCGAUUUUUUCUCGCUCAGUCAAGAACCAACGGAGAGCAUUGACAACUACCUGUGUCGACUCAAAUCGCUCGCGAAAGUGUGCAAGUUCAAUGCGUUGGAGGAUGAAAUGGUGAAGUACAAGUUGGCCACCUCGAUCCGUUGGAUGAAGCUCAGGUCGAAGUUGAUCACCACCAAGAACUUGACGGAAGCAAAUGCUAUGGACUUGUGUCGGGCCGAAGAGAUCGCUGAGCGGCAUCCGGUUACUGCGGGUCAGCCGAGCGCGGAAGUGAAUGUAGUGAAGAAGAGCAAAAUGAAGUGCAAGUUCUGCGGUGCCAAGCAUGACUUCACCAAGGGUGCGUGCCCGGCGCUUGGCAAGAAGUGCAACCGGUGCGGUGGAAAGAACCACUUUGAGAAAGUGUGCAAGGCUGACCGAAGAAAGAAGCUGAAGAAGAAGAAGUUCCGAGUGAAGAAAGUGCAAGAAGAAACCAGCUCGGAGAGUGAAUCGACGGAAGACAGUGGUGAUGAAGAAGAGGAGUCUACUGAGAGUGAAAGUGUGUCCAUCGGAAAAAUCGUCGACAAGUCCGGCAGCGGCGGAAAUGUCUCGGCGGAACUGGAGCUGCUCCUGGACCAAAAGUGGCGGCUGGUACAGUGUGAGCUAGACACCGGCGCCAAUACCAGCCUUGUGGGACGAAAUUGGUUGGAAGAGAUGACCGGAAGUAGCAACGUCAACCUACAACCGUCAUCGUACCGGCUGCAAGGAUUCGGCGGAAGCAGCAUUCCGGUGGUAGGCCAGGUGAAAAUUCCGUGUCGCAGAAAAGGCCGUAAGUACAACCUUGUUUUACAAGUCGUUGAUGUCCCACACGGCCCGCUCCUCUCGGCAAACGUGUGCCGUCUCCUGGGUUUCGUUAAAUUCUGCAACACGGUCAACUUUGUUGCGCCUAAAACCGACCAAGAACUCCUGAACAUCUACCGUGUGAAAGCCCAGGACAUUGUCCACCAGCAUGAGGGCGUCUUCCAAGGUAUUGGCAAGUUUGCUGGUGCUGUGUCGUUGGAAGUCCGCCCAGAUGUACCACCGUGCAUCCAACCUCCGCGACGGAUUCCGAUAGCGAUGAGAGGUAAGCUGAAGGACGAGUUGACAAACUUGGAGCGGGAAGGCCUGAUCGUGAAGGAGACUCAGCACACCGACUGGGUCAGCAACAUCGUGCUGGUGAAGAGGAAGGAGCAGAAAUCCGAAUCCAUCCGCAUCUGCCUCGACCCGAUUCCGUUGAACAAAGCGCUGAAACGACCCCAUCUUCAAUUUACCACAAUUGAUGAAAUCCUGCCAGAGCUGGGGAAGGCGAAAGUUUUUUCAACGGCAGAUGCUCGGAAAGGGUACUGGCACGUGGUAUUGGACGACGAAAGCAGCCGGUUGACGACAUUCUGGACACCGUUUGGUCGCUACCGGUGGAUCCGCUUACCCUUCGGAAUCGCUCCAGCCCCAGACAUCUUCCAGAUGAAGCUCCAAGGUGCGAUUCAAGGACUGCGUGGCGUCGAAUGUAUCGCCGAUGAUUUGCUGAUCUACGGAACUGGUGACACGUUGCUGGAAGCGCUGGAGGACCACAAUCGCUGCUUGGAGAGUUUGUUGGUUCGUCUCGAGGAAUGCAACGUGAAACUCAACCUGGAGAAGCUGAAGCUGGUCGAGAAGUCGGUGAAAUUCUAUGGACACGUGCUUACCGACAAAGGAAUACAACCAGACGAGAGCAAAAUCGCGGCAAUCAAGAACUUCCCACAACCCACGGACCGAAAGCAACUGCAAAGAUUCAUCGGAAUGGUGAACUACCUCAGUCGUUUCAUACCCAAUCUAAGCGCAAAUUUUACUGUUCUACGACGACUGAUUUCGGAAAAGGAGCCUUGGAUCUGGUCGGAGCGUGAGGAAGAGGAGUUCAAGCGUGUCAAGCAGUUGGUUGCGGACACGCGCACCCUGCAGUACUACAACGUGAACGAGCCGAUCGUAGUCGAGUGUGACGCUAGCUCUUUCGGUUUGGGCGCAGCAAUCUUCCAGAGUCGAGGAGUCAUCGGAUACGCAUCUCGUACACUCACGGCAACCGAAAAGAACUAUGCGCAAAUCGAGAAGGAGCUGCUCGCUAUUCUUUUCGCGUGUGUACGGUUCGAUCAGCUUAUUGUUGGGAAUCCGAAAACGACGGUCAAAACCGACCACAAGCCGCUAGUCACCGUGUUCAAGAAGCCGUUACUCUCAGCACCCCGCCGUCUUCAACACAUGUUGCUGAAUCUACAGCGCUACCGUCCGUCCAUCGAGUUUGUGACCGGCAAAGAGAACGUGGUGGCAGAUGCAAUUUCCCGAGCGCCGUUUGAUGAACGCCAAGCUGACGACAGAUUCGACAAGCGAGACAUCUACAAGGUCUUCCGGGAGGUCGAGGAGGUGAAGCUCUCCAGUUUCCUGAAAGUCAAAGAUGAGCAGUUGAACGAGAUUAUGGAAGAAUCGGCGGCCGACGCAUCAAUGCAACUUAUUGUGAAGUACACCCUGGAGGGAUGGCCGACAUCCGUGGACAAGGUGCCGGACAGCGCUAAGAUGUUCUUCAAGUACAGGAAUGAACUCAGCACUCAGGAUGGUAUCGUGUACCGCAACGACAGGAUUGUUGUCCCUCACUCGCUUCGACGGAAGUUGACGGAAAAGGUCCAUGUCAGCCACAACGGGAUAGAAGCAACCCUCAAGCUGGCACGAGCAAACCUAUUCUGGCCCGGAAUGAGUGCUCAAAUCAAGGAAGCGGUCGCACAGUGCGGAAUUUGUGCCAAGUUCUGUCCGUCUCAGCAGCAUCCACCGAUGCAGAGCCAUCCGAUACCUGUGUACCCGUUCCAGCUCGUGUCCAUGGACGUGUUCUUCGCGGACUACCAAGGGAAGAGUUGCAGAUUUCUCGUCACCGUCGACCACUUCUCAGACUUCUUUGAAGUGGAUUUGCUGAAGGAUUUGACCCCAAAGUCAACGAUUGCUGUGUGCAAAUCGAAUUUCUCGCGACACGGAAAACCGCAGCGAGUCGUAACGGACAACGGCACCAAUUUUGUCAACCGUGAAUGGCAGCAGUUCGCACGUGAGUGGAGCUUCGAGCACACGACAUCCGCACCGCAUCACCAACAAGCUAACGGGAAGGCGGAGGCAGCGGUCAAAAUUGCGAAGCGGUUGAUGAAGAAGGCGGAUGAAGCUGGAAGUGACUUUUGGUAUGCCUUACUACACUGGAGAAAUGUACCGAACAAGGUGGGCACCAGCCCCGCUGCACGCCUGUUUUCUCGUAACACACGGUGCGGCGUUCCAACCUCUGCCAACAAUCUGAAGCCAAAGUUGGUAUCGGGAGUACCGGAAGCCAUUGAAGAAAGGAGGCAGAAGGCGAAGCAGCAUUACGAUCGGAAAGCAAGAAAGUUGCCUCAGUUGGAAACAGGAUCUCCGGUGCUCGUGCAGCUGAACUCGGAGACAAACAAACGCUGGACACCGGGUACUGUAAGCAGCAAGCUGAACGAUCGGUCGUACGUCGUGGAGGCAAACGGUACGCAAUAUCGACGAGAUUUGGUGAACUUGAAACCACGUAAAGAACCUCAAACGCCAGAAGCCAUUCCUGUUCAAGCAACUGUUCCCAACGUCGAAAUGCCACCAAUCGAAAGAUCCAACAGAGAGUCGUCGUUCAGGUCAGCGCCUGCCGAAGCUUUGCCGGAUCAAGAACUGAGCAACAGUGUUCCAGAUGUAGGUGUACCAGAAGCGACCACGAAGCCGAAAGCAGGUAGAACUCCAAAGGCAGCGAAAACCCCGAAACCAUCGAGAUCACCCAGCGUUCCGGCAGCAGGAGAGAAGUUCAGCCGAACCAAGAGAGAUGUGAAACUACCAGCCCGUUUCAAAGAUUUCUAUCUUGAGUAGCUUUAUUUUUUUUUAUAUAAAACAGAGAGGAUGUUGCGUUACGUAGUUUGUGAACGACUAGAGUUAAGUCUUUUGUUGACGUUCCCUCCGAACGUCAUUCAUUGAAGCGCGCGUUCUCGCUCUUUCUCGACGAUUCAUUCAUUCCGUUUCCGAGUGCGCAGCAAUAAAGACGUUGUUGAAUAAACGCUGUUUUGUGAAGUUAAGCAGAAGUAUUUUAUUUGACACAGA